AUGAAACAUCUCCGAGCAUUUGUCCACACAUCGACAGCCUAUGCUAAUUGUAAUAAAGAAUAUACUUCGGAGCAUAUUUAUGAGCCUUGUGUUAAUGCUUCUAAAUUAGUUGAAGCAGCAAGUAGUUGGAUGAAUGAAAAAAUGCUUGAUUCCCUUUCUGCUCAAUUACUUGAUAAUCGACCAAAUACUUAUACUUUUGCUAAAGCGUUAGCAGAAAGUCAGUUGCUAGAACAACAGAAACAAUUUCCUUCCCUCCCAAUAAUAAUUAUUCGACCUUCCAUUGUCGGUGCUAUAUGGAAGGAACCUCUCCCCGGAUGGAUUGAUAAUGUUAACGGACCCACAGGAAUAUUUAUUGGAGUUGGGAAAGGGUUAUUAACUGAUAUGUGUGGAAAUGUGGACAUAAAAACAGACAUUAUUCCCGUUGAUAUUGUUGCUAAUAUGUUGAUUGCUGCUGCUGUUUAUAGAGCUAAAAUGCCUGAUAAGAAAGAAAACAAUGAAAAAACAACGACAAUACCAAUAAUACAUUGUACUUCAGGCGAAUUAAAUCCAUUAAAGUGGAGAAGAAUUGUAAACUAUUUGGAACAGUUUUUCCAUGCAUAUCCCUUUGAUCAGUGCUACAGGGUUCCUUCAACACAAUUUCAUCGUCAAAGAAAAAUAUUUUUGAUAAAUUUUUAUUUGAAACACUAUUUAAUUGCUCAGGCUGCUGAUCGUACCUUCAAAUUGGUUGGAAAGAGGCCAAAAUUUGUUAAAAUAUAUAACAAAAUAUGGAGGAUGAUGGAAACAUUGCAUUAUUUUACUACACGUGAAUGGACUUUUGAAUCGAAAAAUGCGGUUAAGUUGUGGAAUGGAAUGAGCAUGGAGGAUAAAAAGCUGUACAACUUUGAUAUUCGCAAAGUCGAUUGGGAUACCUAUUUAUUCAACUAUUUAAUGGGAAUUAAGAUUUAUAUGCUAAAAGAACGUCUAGAAAAUUUACCAAAAGCUCAAGCGGCACUUUCUUGGUUAAGGCAAUUUAAUUUUUAUUCUACUGGACUUUGUUUUGCUUUAAUAUUACGCUUCACAAUUUGGCGCCGUCAGAAAAGGCAUAAAUGGAUCCCUUGGUUUACUGGAUUUUUCCUCUCCUAUUUUUACCAAAACUAUAAUAUUCUAAGGAGACCAUCUGCAGAUUUAAUUCCACUAGAAGAAUAUAAACGUCAAUCUAUCCCACAUUAUUUGGAAAAAUUUUCAUAA